ACCACCGCCGUGUCGUACUCGUGCAGCAGGAGUACAUUGUAUCGACCACCUCGAUGGCGGCCAUGGCGGGCGCCGCUGCCUCCUCCUCCUUUCGGAUGCUGCUGCUCUUGCUGCUGCCGUUGCUCGCCACCACCGCCGCCGCCGCGGGCGCCAACUCCAGCGUCACGUACGACCAGCGCUCCCUCAUCAUCUCCGGCCGCCGCCGCCUCCUCAUCUCCACCUCCAUCCACUACCCCCGCAGCGUCCCAGAGAUGUGGCCCAAGCUGGUGGCCGAGGCCAAGGACGGCGGCGCGGACUGCGUCGAGACCUACGUGUUCUGGAACGGUCACGAACCCGCCCCCGGUCAGUACUACUUCGAGGAGCGUUUCGAUUUGGUGCGCUUCGCGAGGAUCGUUAAGGACGCUGGGCUGUACAUGAUCCUGCGCAUUGGGCCGUUCGUUGCCGCCGAAUGGACCUUCGGGGGCGUGCCAGUGUGGCUUCAUUACGUGCCUGGGACGGUGUUCCGGACGAACAACGAACCAUUCAAGUCUCACAUGAAGAGAUUCACGACGUACAUCGUGAAUAUGAUGAAGAAAGAGCAGUUCUUCGCCUCGCAGGGUGGGCACAUAAUCCUAGCUCAGGUUGAAAAUGAGUAUGGAGGUAUGGAACAAACGUACGGAGCUGGUGCCAAGCCAUAUGUAAUGUGGGCAGCUAACAUGGCUCUGGCUCAGAAUACUGGUGUCCCUUGGAUCAUGUGUGAACAGUAUGAUGCCCCUGAUCCAGUGAUAAACACUUGCAAUUCAUUCUACUGCGAUCAAUUCAAGCCAAAUUCGCCAACCAAGCCAAAAAUUUGGACAGAAAAUUGGCCAGGAUGGUUCCAGACCUUUGGUGAAAGCAAUCCCCACAGACCCCCUGAAGAUGUUGCAUUUGCUGUUGCACGUUUUUUUGGAAAAGGUGGCACCGUUCAGAAUUACUAUGUGUACCAUGGUGGAACAAACUUUGGUCGCACUACUGGCGGGCCGUUCAUUACAACUAGCUAUGACUAUGAUGCACCAAUCGAUGAAUAUGGCCUUAGGAGACUUCCGAAAUGGGCACAUCUAAGGGACCUUCACAAAUCUAUCAAAUUGUGCGAGAAUACCCUGCUGUAUGGCAAUUCAUCAUUUCUUUCCCUGGGGCCUCAACAAGAGGCUGAUGUUUACACUGAUCACUCAGGAGGAUGUGUUGCAUUCUUGUCUAACGUUGAUUCAGAGAAGGACAAAGUUGUCACUUUCCAGAGCCGGUCGUAUGAUCUUCCUUCUUGGUCAGUUAGCAUCCUUCCUGACUGCAAGAAUGUGGUGUUCAAUACUGCAAAGGUGCGAUCUCAAACUAUGAUGAUGGAUAUGAUGCCAGCAAAUUUGCAUGUAUCAAAACUUGAUGGAUGGAGCAUUUUCAGAGAGAAAAUUGGGAUUUGGGGUAAAAGUGACUUUGUCCAAAAUGGAUUGGUAGACCAUAUUAAUACAACAAAAGACACUACUGACUACCUAUGGUACACAACAAGUUUUGGCGUAGAUGGAAGCCAUUUGGUUGGUGGCAACCAUGUUCUUCAUAUUGAUUCCAAAGGCCAUGCUGUUCAGGCUUUCCUGAACAAUGAAUUUAUAGGUAAUGCAUAUGGUAACGGCUCAAAUUCAAAUUUCACUGUGGAAAUGGCUAUCAAUUUGAGGGCUGGGAAGAAUGAACUUUCCUUAUUGAGUAUGACUGUUGGUUUGCAAAAUGCAGGACCCUUGUAUGAAUGGGUAGGAGCGGGCAUUACAAGUGUGAAAAUAUCAGGAAUGGGAAAUGGAAUCGUCAAUUUGUCUUCAAAUAAUUGGGCAUACAAGAUUGGAUUGGAAGGGGAACACUAUAAUUUGUUCAAGCCUGAUCAGGGAAAAAAUGUAAGGUGGAAGCCACAGUCUGAACCACCAAAAAAUCAACCUUUGACAUGGUACAAGGUAAAUGUUGAUGUUCCCCAAGGAGAUGACCCAGUUGGGUUAGAUAUGCAGUCUAUGGGGAAAGGCCUGGCUUGGUUGAAUGGAAAUGCCAUAGGGAGGUAUUGGCCGAGGAUAAGUCCUGUCAGUGACAGAUGCACUUCCAGCUGCAACUAUAGAGGAACAUUUUCUCCUAACAAGUGCAGAACAGGAUGUGGGCAGCCAACUCAAAGAUGGUACCAUGUCCCACGGUCAUGGUUUCGCACAUCUGGAAACACCCUUGUGAUUUUUGAAGAAAAGGGAGGGGAUCCUACAAAGAUAACAUUCUCAAGAAGAACUGUGUCAAGUGUGUGCUCCUUUGUGUCAGAGCACUACCCUUCCAUAGACUUGGAAUCCUGGGAUAAAAGUACCCCAAACGAUAGUAGAGACUCAGCAAAAGUACAGCUAACUUGCCCCAAGGGUAAAAAUAUCUCUUCUGUUAAGUUUGCGAGUUUUGGAAACCCCAGUGGAACCUGCAGGUCCUACCAACAAGGAAGCUGCCACCAUCCAAACUCUCUAUCUGUUGUUGAGAAGGCUUGUCUGAAAUUGAACGGCUGUACAGUCUCCUUGUCAGACAAGGGAUUUGGAGAAGAUCUGUGCCCUGGGAUCACCAAAACACUUGCAAUUGAGGCAGACUGCUCUUAAGGAGUCAAAGAUUUUUGACUCAGCUAAGAGAUUCAUAGCUACAGAUUUGCUCAUCAACUUCAAGCUUAUAGUGCCUGGGACAGUAGCAUGCUACAACAAUCUGGAAGUGAAAUUCUACCUAGAUUUAGAUUACUACCUGUUGUGACUUGUGAGCAUGAUAUUAGCACUUGCUUAUUUGAAUUUUCUUGCUCAACAACAUGCCCAGGUACCCUUGAUGGGUAACCAUUGUGGAUGCUAACCAUCCACCCAAGCAAAUGAAUCAAUUGCAUUGCAUGCAUGUCAGGUUUGCUAUGAACUAUGAGUCAGAACCAUUAUGAGCCCAAAAGAAAUGGGAUAUUAUUUGUUGAAACUGAUAUAGCAGACACCAGAUCGCACUAGGUGAAGUUCUCGGUUUGCUCUCUUCAUGUUGUGUCGCGUCGUUAUCUUUCUGAUUAGCUCAUGAAUGAAUGUAUGGCCUGGCUGAGGAAGCAGUCAACAUGGUGGUUCAUCUUUCGUUAUGAUU